AUCGGCAAUGUUGUUCCCCGGCAGCAGUGCUUUGCGACACGUGUUGGAACGCAGAGGUUACCUGAAAAGUGGUUUUCACUUUUUCGCAAAUUGACCGAGAAUAUUCCAUCGAACGUUGUGCAGAAUGCUUUCAUGAAGCGUGUUUCAUCCAACCAUUCAGUUCUUGCAUAAACAUUGGAUGCUGAUCAGCUGAUAUGAUACCUAACCUCUGCCAUUCGUGAACCUCAAGUCGUAGCCCUCAGAGUCAUUUUUAUACUUAUUUACAUAAUUCUACAACGUAGAAUUAGUUUCCAACGGGAAGAGAGAGAGAGAUUGUAACUGCUAAUUCAUCUGUGAUAUAAAUUUUCAUGUGCAAAUUGCGCAGCGUCAGUUUGCACCAUGACGCUUCUCGAGUACGUGCAAGCUCUGUCCGAUAAUCCGUACUUCGGAGCUGGUUUUGGUCUGUUUGGCCUAGGAGCCGGGGCCGCUCUGCUGAGGAAAGGCGCCCAGUUUGGGGCUGUGUUAUUCAGACGACACUACAUGAUCACGCUGGAGGUGCCGUGCCGCGAUAAGAGCUAUCAAUGGCUCCUCCAAUGGAUCACGCACAAGGGCGCGCGAAAGACGCAGCAUCUCUCUGUGGAGACCAGCUUCGAGCAGAGGGAGACUGGCCACGUGAAAACGAAAUACGACUUUAUUCCCAGCAUAGGAACUCACUUUUUCAGAUAUAAGGGGAACUGGAUAAAGGUGGAGAGAACCAGGGAACAGCAGACUUUAGAUUUACAUAUGGGCGUACCCUGGGAAACCGUGCAACUGACGGCGUUCGGCAAAGACAGAAGCAUAUACUUUAACAUUCUCGAAGAAGCCAGACAGAUGGCUUUGAAGGAACACGAGGGCAAGACUAUAAUGUACGUUGCCGCGGGGAGCGAGUGGCGGCAGUUCGGGCACGCCAGGAAGAGGCGACCGCUGGAAUCGGUGGUCCUGGACGCCGGCGUUUCCGAAAGGAUAGUAAACGACUGUCAGGAAUUCAUCAGCAACCCGUCGUGGUACAGCGAGAGAGGGAUACCGUAUCGCCGAGGCUACUUGUUACACGGACCUCCAGGAUGCGGCAAGUCCUCGUACAUUACCGCGCUGGCCGGGGAACUGGAACGUGGUAUUUGCGUAUUGAAUUUAUCCGAGAGAGGUCUUACGGACGACAGACUGAAUCAUUUAUUAGCAGUCGCGCCGCAGCAGACUAUCAUCCUGCUCGAGGAUAUCGAUGCCGCUUUUAGCAGUAGGGAAGAAUCCAAAGAAAUUAAAGCAGCGUACGACGGCCUCAACAGAGUCACGUUCAGCGGUCUAUUAAACUGCUUGGAUGGCGUGGCUUCUACAGAAGCUAGAAUAUUAUUUAUGACGACUAAUUAUUUGGACAGAUUAGACCCUGCGCUCGUUAGACCAGGCAGAGUCGAUAUGAAAGAAUACAUCGGAUGGUGCAGUCCGACUCAGGUCGAGCAGAUGUUUCUACGAUUUUACAAGGAACCGGACAAGGAUCCUGGGACGCUCGCAAAGGAAUUCGCGAGCAGCGUUAUGUCCUUCAAGAAGAAAGUCAGCCCGGCGCAGAUUCAGGGAUACUUCAUGUUUCACAAAAGCAAUCCCGACGCGGUUGUAAAUAACGUCGCACAAAUCUGGGAGCUCACGUGAUAAGAAAAAAAAGUGAGAUUGUAGUUGUAAUUCGAAGUAAAGCUGUUACAUGUGUUCACGCAA